AUGCUGGCCGCGCGUGUCAAAGUGUGUGGCAUCGGCGCGCCCACGGGCCGAUUUCAGUUUUCCAUGAUGCAACCCAGGGCAAGACCACCGAGGCAAGAUCAUGAGGCCGCUCUCGAGCAAGCACGCGACAGCGCCUGGGAGCGGCCAAAAGUUGGCAAGGGCGACGCCCUCAACAGGCUCCGGCCGGCGCUCCACCCCGACGACGUUGUGGCCUCCAGCACCGGCAACCCGAGCGAAGACAUCCACCCGUCGGCCUGGGCCAAGCGAUGGGGCCUGCACUUGGAAGGCCCGCCGGGCCGGUCGCGGACGACGCCGACGAGGGAGGAUUUUGCCUUUUCCGCGGCAGACGACCCGGAGGGCGCGGCGCCCGUGACGAAGAAGUGGCUGAUGGAGUAUUUCGAUGGCGUCGCGCUCGACUAUAAGCUGGAUGUGUCCGACUGGAUCGAGGAUAUCUUGCCGUCCUUGCACCUCUCGAACGACGACAGAGCAUACCUGGAGUGGCUGGAUAAGUUGAGAGAAGACGAGGCGUGGCAGUCUCUCCUUUUGCUCGUCGAUACUGAUGUUUUCACUAUGCGAGCUGUAAACAUUGCAGAUCCAAUCGACGGCCCCAUCCACCCGAUCUUGGAGAGAUCUAAAUGGCCACUCAACCCGGGGGAGUUGGAUGUUCAGAGCUUUGUCCGCCAGCAUAACGACGAUCUAUGGGCCGCGAUGCAGCCCGCGCUGCGACUCGUCAGCAAGGUCCUCUACCAAAACCCAGCGUUCCUCAGCGCGGCCGUGCGAGUCUGGGACCGCAAGAUCGUACAGCCAUUCCGGGAUAAGCGCCCACCAAGCACCAGCGACUUCCUUCGCACGGCUUACUACGACGACUUGGUCGAUGUCAUGUGGGAAUUCGUCGAAGACAGUGUACAGUGGUGCGUCCAGGGCGACCCUGGUAGUUGGGCCAUCACCGCAACCCACGUGUGGCCCCCGCCCAACCAUGGUCGCGUCAACCAGUUUGUGCUCAUUAACGCCGAUGUAUUGAUGCCACUGUUGGAGCCGACUUAUAGCGAGAGUGAGAAACUCGCUGCGAGCUUCGUUCUCGCAACCACUAUGCUACACGAGCUUGGCCACGCCUUUUCAUCCAGCGGCGAGACGUUGCUAUGUUCACCCAAAGCGGUUCUAGGCUCCUUAUAUCGCGCGGACCACAAACAGUUCUUCAAGGAUGCUUAUGCUAUAUUUAAGCAUAAUCUGACUGAGCCAUACUUUGAGUCGGAACAAGUGGCCGAGGUGGGAUUUGCCUUUGAGAACUGGCUUUUCGGUGGUGCAGCAACUUCUUUGCUCUCGAACAUGAGCAGAGAACUCCCGGAGGAUUACUGGUACAACACCUCGGCCUGCCGAAUGGAGCGCUGGCCCUCUCCCGCGCAUGAGGAGAACAAGUUCGGGGCUCCUGUCCUGGGCUGGCCGCCGUCUCACCCAGACCCAUACCAGCUCUGCCUGCCGAUCCACACGUUUGAAAAGCUGUUCAGCAAGGAAUUCUGGGACGUGGUCAUCCCAUCCCACGGACUCGGGGCCCUCCGGAUCCAAGCCACCAACUACCCCCACAAGCUGACGACACAGCUCCUCGAAAACCGGUGGACGCACUUCGUCGCCUGCUACAAAAGCCUCCCGGCCAUCGAAAGAGAGAUUGAGGACGCCAUCGAGUUUCUCAGCGAAGCGAAUUUCCCUAUCGCGGUCAACUACAUAAUCUGUCUCCUCGGGGAAAAGAGUCGUCUCAAUAUUGCCAUGAGUAGGUGGAAGAAAUUCCGAGAAGUUUUUGAUAUCCGCAUGAUGCAGCUCGAGGAGAAGCUGUUUGCGCUGAAGUGCGUGCUCAUCGAAGUGAACACGUACUACCGCGCCCAGAAUUUGACCGAUCCGGCCUUGAGCCAGUUUGUUCAGUACAUGCUGCAGGAGUGGUUGCUUAUGGUCAUGACCUUGCCAGGCAUGAAGGCCCCAACGGGGUCGGAGCAUGUCAAGUCUGAUGACGCAACCAGAGACCGCGAAACAAUGGCCAAUACGUAUAGCGAAGAGAUGAAGGACUCGCUGGGCCAGAUCCUCCAGCAAGUUCGCGAGUUCAUCAUGCUGGUCGUGCCCGUCAUGAACUAUGAUACUAGCCUCCGCUUCUGGAACGCGGAGCUCGUAGCCUGCUCCGAGCGCAUAGGCACACUGCUGGAUUACGUGACUACCGACCAGACCCAGCUGAACCCGUCCGGGUGGCGUGCCGCCCUCAAGACCCUGGGCCGCGGCAAAGCGACGCGGCGAACGCCCUCUAGACUGUGGGCGCGGCACGUCACCGACUCGCUCAAGAGGAUGACCACCCAGCAGAUUGCGCGAUUCGAUCGGGCCGUGACCCUGAUCAACGGCGUCACGCCGGUGCCCUUGUACAAGCAAGUACGCCCCCUGAACGAGAUGGGCCAGACCCUGGCGGACCCCGCACCAGGGCCGGUGCAGUUUCCCAACAUGCUGAUGAGCGCCGAAAGGCGCCAGCAGCUCAGGACCGCAGAUAUGAUGGUAGGACUGGGCCAGUUGGGCGUGGCGCACGGCAACCCGGCGGCGGCGGUCUCGGCCAUCCCCAUUAUCCAGACGGCCUCCGCCGAGCAAGAGCGCCUCGCCCUUCUCAUCGUGGCCAAGGAAGCGGAGCUCCAGGAUCUCCAUACCCGGCGCCGGGUAACCGACCCCGCCUACAAGGCGCAGAUGGAGCUCACGGAAGCCGAGGCCAAGUGCCAACAGCUCGCGACGGAGUUGAUGGACCUGAGAGCGCGGCAGGCCCAUGUUCACCUCGGCGGGGGUAAGGUGGUCAGCACGCAAGACAUUGACCUGGCGGAUGCGCUGCUCGCGGACCAAGUCGAGCAGGUGAGACGAUGCGAGAAUGAGGUGGCGUUCUUGCAGGGGAUGAAUAUCGUGUCCGCGGAGGAACUCGAACACAAUAAACUCGUCCAGGAGUUAACGGCGCUGCGAGAAGCGCACAGAAAGGAGAAUGGACUUGCGCAGAGAGCCAUCCGCCAACACAUGAACUUGUACCCGUCCAUCAAAAAGGACGAAGACGCCAUGUCCGAUGGAAGCAACGAUGAUACCCUUACCGCCCGCCUCCGGCGCCCUACCGGUUCUCUCCACCUCCCGGAGCCCCAAGCGGGAGCGCCUCGUCCCUUUGCCACGCACGACCGGUUCGCGAACCAGUUUGAGGCUUUCCGCCGCGGGGCUAUCGAGACGAGCCAGCGAAGCCGUGCGGAGACACGGACGAAGAUUUAG